GCCUGGCGCAUUGUCUUUUGGCAUCCUGUGUCCCUGAGAGGAUCUCCUAGGCCAGUUGUUAAAAGUUUGUAGGCUGGGAAACAAGACUUGAAACCAAAGAGUUAACUCCAAAGUCCAGCAUUAUUGAAAAUUUGCCCUAUGGGGCAAUAAUGGAAAAGGAAGAUUUCUGGCAUUCAGCUUUAGGGUCUGUCUGGGACUCCUCUUGUUGGCUAGAGAGGCAACAGGAAAGAUAUCUGGGCCAAGUGGCAGUGACCCAAAAGGAAACCUUUAAUGAGAAGAGGGUAUGUGAUGGUAAUAAAACUGAAAAAUGUUCCAUUGAGGGUUCAAUGCUUAAUACACCGCAAAGCAUUCCUUUGACAAAAAGGCCUCACAAUUGGAAUUCACGUGGAAAAGAUUCCAAGCAAUCUUCCGAGUUAAUGAAAUCUCCAAGAAUGUUUAUAGGGAAGAAAAUAUAUGAAUGUGAUGCCUGCAGGAAAACCUUCAGCCAGAGUUCCUCCCUGCUUAAGCACCAGAGGAUUCACACUGGGGAGAAACCCUAUAAAUGCAAUGUGUGUGGCAAGCACUUCAUUGAACGCUCCUCCCUCACCGUCCAUCAAAGGACUCACACAGGAGAAAAACCCUACAGAUGUAAUGAGUGUGGGAAAGCCUUCAGUCAGAGCAUGAACCUCACUGUGCAUCAAAGAACUCAUACUGGAGAGAAACCUUAUCAGUGCAAAGAGUGUGGAAAAGCUUUUCGUAAGAAUUCAUCCCUUGUCCAACAUGAAAGGAUUCAUACCGGGGAGAAGCCCUACAAAUGUAGCGAUUGUGGGAAAGCUUUUACACAAAGCAUGAAUCUGACAGUGCAUCAGAGAACUCACACCGGGGAAAAACCCUAUGAAUGUAAGGAAUGUGGGAAAGCCUUCAGUCAGAGCAUGCAUCUCAUUGUCCACCAGAGAAGCCACACCGGGGAAAAGCCCUACGAGUGCAGCGAAUGUGGAAAGGCCUUUAGUAAAAGCUCGACGCUCACUCUGCACCAGCGAAAUCACACUGGAGAAAAGCCCUACAAAUGUAACAAAUGCGGUAAAUCAUUUAGUCAAAGCACAUACCUUAUAGAACAUCAGAGACUUCACUCUGGAAUGAAACCUUUCGAAUGUAACCAGUGUGGCAAAGCUUUUAGUAAGAAUUCUUCUCUUACUCAGCACCGGAGAAUUCACACUGGUGAGAAGCCUUAUGAGUGCAUGGUGUGUGGAAAGCAUUUCACGGGGAGAUCAUCCCUGACUGUCCAUCAGGUGAUACACACUGGAGAGAAACCUUACGAGUGCACUGAAUGCGGGAAGGCCUUCAGCCAAAGCGCCUACCUUAUUGAACAUCAAAGAAUCCAUACUGGUGAAAAACCCUAUGAAUGUGACCAGUGUGGGAAAGCUUUCAUUAAGAAUUCAUCCCUCAUAGUGCAUCAGAGGAUCCACACAGGAGAGAAGCCCUAUCAGUGUAAUGAAUGUGGGAAGGCCUUCAGUAGGAGUACAAACCUUACAAGACAUCAGAGGACUCAUACAUGAGAGUUGUCAUUGGCACCCUCAUCUUGAGUAAUUCUUUAAUAAUAAUCAUGUCAUAUCAAUGUAGAUGCUUAAUAACCAUAACUAAUGUGGGAACCUUUUAGUUGAAGUACAGCAUAGCAUAUCAGAUAAUAAGACCAUAGCAGAGUAACCAUAUGAAAGCUAUGAACACUUUCAUUCAGAUGGUACAGUCUUGUUUGUAUCUAAUACACAAAUGCUGAAGACUUUGGCUGAAGAUAAGCUCUAUUGUGUCAUACUGGGAAUUCUGAUUUGGGUCUCACAGAGUUUUCACACUGGAUAGAAAAUGUGGUAGUACUUAACUGGAUAGCCCAAAAAUCUGGUAUGUAGUUAUAACCCCCCCAUUAACUUAAACAAGUCACCCACUUUCAUCCGGUCACAGUGUCCUUAUGUGGUAAAUGAGAGAGUUGGAAUUUAGAAGGCCUGUGGGAUCUGUAUUAGAUAAAAUGUCCAAAAGCAAGAUUCAGGUAAGUAUUUGUGGUUAGCUUUUUUGUUGUUACUGUUUUUUGUUUUUGUUGUUGUUGUUUGGUUGGGUGGGGUUUUUUGUUUUUUGUUUUUUGUUUUUUUUUGCUGUCACAUGUGCUGUGGAGAUGCUUUUAUUUCUUAUGGUGGUUUUCUGGAAUGUUCCUCUACCUCUAACUCCUAUUGUCCUUUAAGUUCUUCCCUUUCCCUGAAUUGAUUUAUCUCCUAAAAUGUAGACUAGUUGCUAUUGGGUGGCAGAUAAACUGCAUAUUUUAAUGAUUUUAAUGCCAUAGCAUGCUGGUUUGAAUUCUCAACUAAUAGUCAUUAAACUGUUGUUGAAUAAGCUGAUUGUAUUUAUAUGAAAAUGUGACUUAAAUAUAAUCUUUAAAUUCUUAAGUAUCAA